GAAUAACACAAAUAAACCAAAUACAGUCCUCUGCUUCAAUCAAGAGGAAAAGUUUCAUCAGAAAGUUUGGUUUAUUCUAACGUUGAGAAAGUUUGUCCACAAUGCUUCUACAGAAUAUCGAGCUUGAAAAGGUUGCCUGCAUGCUGGUCAACUGGUACCACCAAUUCAAGAAGAACACCAUCAAAUCGUACAUCAUCCCCAUCCCAGAGGAUGUCAUCGCGUAUCUCCGGCAAGAAUUGAUGAUUCUUCCGAAGGAGUGUUCGAACACUCCCUCGCUAGGAGACACGAAAACCAAGCAUUUUAACUCCUACGACGAUGUAUUCAGCGACGAAGACGAGGAGGAUGAAAUGGUACCUGAGUUUCCGGAAUUCAGUAAAUCAAUUACGGAUACCAUUGGAAAAUUGGGUGGUUCGGUUUUCAUGAAGACUGAUUGGCACUGUCCAAGAGAUGCUCAGUGGAUAACACUCGGACAAACGCUCUGCGUGAAGGAUAUUACAGAUGUGUACCAAUUGCUUAAGGCUUCCAGUUUCUGUAAAGAAGAUAUUGCUGAAAGACCUCCAAUCAACACUAGUGGUUAUCAUUUGAUACUGAAAAAGUGGCGGGAUAUUCAUCCGGGUACGGAGUUUCGUUGUUUCGUUAAGAACAAAUCACUAGUAGCGAUUUCCCCACGUCACUGGCCUUCGUACCACGAGCACAUUGCAGCGGAGCGAAGUGAUAUUGUUACUGAUAUUGUCUCAUUGUUUAAGGAAAAAAUCAAGCGAACAUUUCCCCUAAAAGAUUAUGUCUUCGAUGUGUAUCGCCCAGCGAAGGAUCACGUUAUCAUAAUAGACUUUUCGCUUUUUGGAAAAGAUCACUCGGACAGCCUGGCUUUCGAUUACGAUCAGCUAAAUGCGGAUGCCCUAACCGCUACCAUCGAAGAAGAGGAUGAUCCAGAAUUUCGGUACCUUCCGGAAGAUUGUGGAAUUCAACCCAACAAACGAAACAAUUAUGGUUUUCCUCAAGAUGUCAUUGAAAUGUUCGAAAUGUGUCCCGCGCAGAAUGGAUCCUCCAGUGGGAAUAAUGGCAACGGCGAUGAAAGUUUGAUUCGUCGUUUGAUGAGUGAAUGGCAACUGCAGUCAAGUGAGGGGGAUGAUGCCAAUGACGAAUAAAAAUAAAUCAAAAAUCAGAA